CAGCAGCCAAUAGGCUGAGGGAAGCGGAAGGAGCGUGCGCUGCGAUUGGCGGCGCCGGGAGAAGGAGGUGGUCCCCGGGGUUGUUGCUAGGUAGAGUAAGAUGGCGGCUUUGGACAGGGUCAAGGUGCUGGUGUUGGGCGACUCCGGUGUCGGAAAGUCUUCGCUUGUUCAUCUCCUGUGCCAAAACCAGGUGUUGGGAAACCCGUCCUGGACAGUGGGCUGCUCGGUGGAUGUUCGAAUCCAUGACUACAAAGAAGGGACUCCAGAAGAGAAGACCUACUACAUUGAACUGUGGGAUGUUGGAGGUUCAGUGGGUAGUGCCACUAGUGUGAAAAGCACACGAGCGGUAUUUUAUAACUUGCUGAAUGGGAUAAUUUUAGUGCAUGACUUAACCAACAAGAAAUCAUCCCAGAAUUUGUAUCGCUGGUCUUUGGAAGCACUCAACAGAGAUGUCGCUCCAACAGGAGUUCUUGUGACAAAUGGUGACUAUGACCGUGAACAGUUUGCUGAUAACCAGAUUCCACUGCUGGUAAUAGGAACUAAGCUGGAUCAGAUCCCAGAAGCUAAGCGGAAUGAAGUUUUGACCAGAACAGCUUUCUUGGCUGAGGAUUUCAAUGCUGAAGAGAUAAAUUUGGAUUGCACCAAUCCUCGUUACCUGGCUGCAGGUUCAUCCAAUGCUGUCAAACUAAGCAGGUUUUUUGAUAAGGUCAUAGAGAAGAGAUACUUCUCAAGAGAUGGCAAUCAGAUUCCUGGCUUCUCUGAAAGGAAAAGGUUUGGAGGAGGAACACUGAAGAGCCUUCAUUAUGAUUGAACACUGACGAAGUGGAAGAUGACUCCUCCGAGUUCCUAACGACAUUCCCAUUCUGAGUGGAUGCUUAAAGACAACAAUGCUUAUGUCAAGCAGAGUAAAAUGAUAUCACAGCCAGGUAGACUGCUGAAACUACUUUUGCUGAAAAAGACUUGAGGAAGAAUUCCAAAAAUCUUACCUGAAGCCUAGAGUGUUUCUUAGGAUUGCAGGCCUUCUGGAUAUAUGGGAACAUUUGGGGAAAGCGUGCAAUAAAUUGAAUGCCUCUCGCA